AAGUGUCACCAUUGACACAUGACAGAAAUCAACUAUCAUGUAAAUUUUAAUAAUAAAUCCUAAUAUUAGACCUACUCAGAUAAAACUUAUGUUAUAUUAUUUACAUAAAAUAAAAAAAAUGUCUGUUACAUUGCACAGUGAUGUAGGCGACCUUAAAAUUGAACUAUUUUGUGAUAAAUGUCCUAAGGCUUGUGAAAAUUUUCUGGCUUUAUGUGCUAGUGAUUAUUAUAAUGGUUGCCUAUUUCACAGAAAUAUUAAGGGCUUUAUUGUACAAACUGGUGACCCUACAGGUACUGGUAAAGGGGGUACAUCUAUAUGGGGUAGAAAAUUUGAAGAUGAAUUUAAAGAGGAAUUAAAGCAUAAUGCAAGAGGAAUGGUUAGUAUGGCAAAUAAUGGACCAAAUACAAAUGGUAGCCAAUUUUUUAUUACAUAUGGAGAACAACCACAUUUGGAUUUAAAAUAUACCCUUUUUGGCAGGGUCAUUGAUGGUUUUGAAGCUCUUGAUGACUUAGAAAAGAUGCCCAUCAAUCCUAAAAACUUUAAACCUUUAAAUGAAGCCAGAAUAACAUCAGUUACAAUACAUGCAAAUCCCUUAGCUGGAUAAAUAAAAUAUUUUAAGUAUU